AUGGCUAGAUCAUUCCAGGAGUCCCUACAGAAGAACGCCUGGAAAGCCUCCGGAUCCAAAUCACCGUUGACAAAUUUGCUCCAAAAAUUGUACGGAAAUACACUUGAUAACAUGCAACUUUUCUGCACUGGAUCCGUGGCUUUCGGCAACGUCACCACUGAGUACCUGCGAGUUACCAUAGAUUUGUGUGCUGCUGGGGCCAUGAUGGGCGCGAUUGCAGUUCUCGAAUAUUCCGGUUUGAUUUCGACCAUUCUCAAGUCUCUGUGUCUAUAA